UCAAAAGCCGGGGGUUUCCGCAUUUCUUUAUUCUCUUCUUCUGCUUCCCAGUUUUCUGCUUCUGCCUUCCGGCGGAGCUCAGAGGCGGUGUCAUUGGGGUAUCCGCCCUCUGGUUCUCAGGUUAGGGUUUGGGCAUCUGUGGACACUCCAGGCGAAGAUUUGUUUGAUGAAGGAGGCGCACUUCUGGCUCCAUUUCCCGGCGAUUUAAGGUAUUCACGGAGAUAGCUUUUGGGCAGAGCGCGCCGGGGAGUAAGAUGAUGUACGGGGACCAGCAGCAGCAGCAGCAGCAACAGCAGCCGCCGCCUCCGCCACUGCCACACAUGCAUCCGCAGCAUCAGCCCGGUGGCGAUUUUCACCGCGGGAUGCCUAUGAGGCCGCCGAUGCCGCUGAUGGGCCAUGGGCCGGUUCAUGGGGAUUAUAUGCAUGGGAAUGCUCCGCUCCCGUACGAUGCACAUGGGGAUGGGUUUGCUGCAAAAAGAAUUAGGAAGCUUGUGCAUCGCCGAUCUGUUGACUAUACAAGUACUGUUGUUCGAUACAUGCAGUGUCGAAUGUGGCAGCGGGAUAUAAGAGAUCGAACUGCAUUGCAGCCUACUCCUGCUGCAGCCAUAGAUUUGUUGCCACCAAUUGCAUACCUUGAUAAUCCUGCCACAAGUUUUGCAACUAAAUUUGUCCAUGCAUCUACAAACAAAAAUCGUUGCUCAAUCAACCGUGUCUUGUGGACACCUACAGGGAGGCGCCUUAUCACAGGCUCUCAAAGUGGGGAAUUUACUCUUUGGAAUGGCCAGUCCUUUAAUUUUGAGAUGAUCUUGCAGGCACAUGACCAAGCAAUCAGAUCCAUGGUGUGGAGCCACAAUGAAAAUUGGAUGGUCACUGGUGAUGAUGGUGGAUCAAUCAAGUAUUGGCAGACAAACAUGAAUAAUGUGAAGGCAAAUAAAAGUGCACAUAGGGAAUCUGUUCGUGAUUUGAGUUUUUCAAGAACAGAUUUGAAAUUCUGCUCCUGUUCUGAUGAUACCACUGUCAAAGUAUGGGAUUUUGCUCGUUGCCAAGAAGAAAGGUCACUUGCAGGUCAUGGAUGGGAUGUGAAGAGUGUUGAUUGGCACCCAACAAAGUCCUUGCUUGUUUCUGGUGGAAAAGACAACCUUGUGAAACUUUGGGAUGCAAAAACAGGGAGAGAACUCUGUUCUUUUCAUGGACACAAGAACACUGUGCUUUGUGUCAAAUGGAAUCAAAAUGGAAAUUGGGUGCUUACAGCUGGAAAAGACCAGAUCAUUAAGCUUUAUGAUAUAAGGGCCAUGAAGGAGCUUGAAUCUUUCCGUGGGCAUCGUAAAGAUGUGACAGCUUUGGCAUGGCAUCCCUUCCACGAGGAGUAUUUUGUGAGUGGAAGUUUUGAUGGCUCCAUCUUCCAUUGGGUUGUGGGGCAUGAAACACCUCAAGUUGAAUUACAUAAUGCACAUGAAAAUAGUGUCUGGGACCUUGCGUGGCAUCCUGUUGGCUAUCUCCUUUGCAGUGGUAGCAAUGACCACACAACCAAGUUUUGGUGUCGGAAUAGGCCUGGAGAUCCUUCUCGUGACAAACAUAACAUUGGUUCUGGAGAACUAGGUGCAGCAGCACCUGGUCGUUUUGCUGGUAAUUUCCCAGUUCCUGAUGCCCCACCUACUCCAGGACCGUUUGCAGCUGGGCUUGCUCGAAGUGAUGGAACAAUUCCUGGUGUUGGGACUGCAAUGCCCUUUGCAAUGUUGCCCCUUGAUGGAUCAGAUCAAGGAGAACAAAGGCAUCCAAUUCCGGUAUCAAACCCCAUGUUAGCACCGCAUCCUCCAUCUGUACCUCACCCAUCACUUUUACAACCUACCCAACAAGGAUACCCACAAGUUCCUCAACAGAUACCAGGACAACACCAGCAUCAACCGCUUCAACCACCUAUGAUGCCUCUACCUCCGACAACAUUGUCUCAGUUGCAGCCUCCUUCACAAUUACCAUUGCUUGCUCAUCCUUCUCAUUUAUCUCGUCCUCCACCCAUCCAAUUUCCUUCUCUGUCAGUGCCUGCAAGCACUCCAUCUAAUGCACUAUCCAUGUCCAUGCAAUCAAUGUCAGUCUCACUUCCACUACCAAUGCCUGGGUCAGCUUCUGAUUCUGUGUUACCCCGGCCAACAUCUUUGCAGUCAAACAAUUACCCACCUGUUCUUGCUAUGCCUGGACAAGGACUGCACAGUUCAGCCACUCAGAUUCCUCAAUUGCCACAGCCACCUCUUGGCAUGAAUCAAAUUAUUGCAGGCCCAAUGGCUGGUAGUAGUGUUCCACCUGCAAUUAGUAAUUUUUCAAGUGGAAUGACGAAUACACAUGUUACAUCAAGCACUGCUGCAGGGCAGGCAUUUGCUGUUAGUGGUGUUUUCAGCCGACCACAAUCUGGGCAACUGGCACCUGUUCCAGGGAUUAACGCCUACCAGACAGGAAUUCCAAGCAUGAUGGACAUGCGCCCAGCCAGCAUGGCUCUUCCUCCAAACAUCAGCCUUCCUCCUGGCCCACCACCUCAUUCACGUGGAUCAACAUCAUAAGCCAUUAUAUAUUCAUGGCCAAUUUUUGUUCUUAUAUAAAGAAAAGAAAUAGAAAAGCAAGAACUAGCCUUAGUUGUUAGUUCUUUUCUUUUUCCUUUUCCCCUUUUUGUCUUGUGUAACUUAGCUAAUGUGGUCUUUUCUUUCCCAUUCGUUUUCAUCUGUAACAUACAUCGUUUGACAGAGCUGGUCGACUUUAACCAAGAUGUCGCCAGUUCAAAACCUUUGGGCGACACAUUCUCCAGCUUGACUGUCAAAUGCAGAGGAUAACAGUUAAUGUGCGUCUUUUGUUGUCUUCGUGUAA